UGACAAUCUGUAAAACUGAAAAUAAAUAAUCCCGUAUUUGAACUUAUGAAAUAAUAAUUGAUUUUACAAUAUGAACAUGAUCACCUUAUUUUCCAUUACAUAUUAUAUAUGUAUCAAAAUUUCUAUUUUCCAUAAAUUUGUCACAAAUGAGUAGCAUUUGUAGUCAUUAGAACUACUUUUGAGUAAAUUCCUACUCCUGACGUCAUUGGGGAAUCCCUUUGGAAAAAUUGGAUUUUUUUAGCAAAUUCUUGUUUUAUGUGAAUAUGUUGAUAACUGUGAAGAUAUUGAAGGGUAGAGAAUGUACCAUACAGGUGAUGCCUGAAGAUACUGUCAUAGAAGUGAAGGCUAUUGUAGAGCGUGAACUUGGAAUUCCUCCACAAGAGCAGAGAUUAGUGUAUAAAGGAAGACCAUUGUCAGAUGAUCAAACAUUAACAGACUGCAACGUGACACAGAAUGCAAAACUAUUCCUGGUGGUGAAAAAAACAUCUGAAAACACAGAAAGAACAGCAGAGAGUAAAGAGCCAGCACUAUGGAAAGAACUUAACACUUUUCUCACUAAACAUUAUGCAGCUAAAGAUAUACCUCAUAUAAUAGACCAGUUUAAAAAGGAUUUAGAAAAGACUGUACAAAGUUUGAGUUUAGAUGACAUAGAGAGAAUAGCAACUGUGAAUCUCAAGAACCAACAAGAUGCUGCAGCAACUAGUUGACCUUGAAAGUAACUCUAAUCAUCCAUUGACCAGCAACACUACCCUUUGAAUCUUAAAGUUAAUCUAAACAGUUUUGAUGCCGAAAAGACCUUGCUUUAAAUAUAGCUCUCAGGACAUUUUAUGUAAUGGGAGUUUGAAAUGAAUGUGAAAUGAACGUUAGGGACAUGAUAUGGCUAGGAAUUUGGUAAUAUUGAAUGCAAGGGCACUCUAUGGAUUAAAUGUAUCUUCUAGCAUUCAAUGUCAGAUCAAGAUAAAGCAGAAUUUAUGAACUUGAAACAUUUUAGUGAAUUUUUUAAUGUUACCUAACAUUGUACAGUGCAUAUACAUACUGCUAGUUAAAGCAUGUAGUUCUGGCCUUCAAUAAACCAUUUUCUCAUUACAUUACAUUGUGGAUUGUUACAGUACAUAAGCACAAAACGUUCUGUGGUGAAAUAUUAUGUC